CAGUCGAUGGCGAGUCAGCGUUGGAGGAGGUUGCAAGUGACAAAAGUGUUCUGCCGCGAGUGGAAGCAGUUCGUCUUUAUACACAUCGCAUCUUUGCCAUUUCUCUCUCCUCAUGGCAACAGAAGAUAAACGAAUAGCGGUGUCCCAGGCUACAUCAGAAACCUCAUCGCUCCCUGCUAACGCAAACAAUAAUAAUAACAACAAUAACAACAACAAAGACAGCGAAGGGACCGACAGUACGACUACCGCUUCGUCCACGACAGAGACCAGCGGCGCUGAAACGCAAACCAUCGGCAACGGGUCAGGAAUCAACACAGCGAGCGGAAACAAUGGCAAAUGGGUUCGGCUCAAUGUUGGCGGCACAGUUUUCCUCACAACACGACAGACACUGCUCAAAGAACAGACCUCCUUCCUCUAUCGCCUGUGCCAGCAGCAAGACUUGCAUUCUGACACGGACGAGACGGGAGCGUAUGUGAUCGACCGCGACCCCACCUACUUCGGCCCCAUCUUGAACUACCUGCGGCAUGGAAAGCUGGUCUACAACAAGGAGCUGGCAGAGGAAGGUGUUUUGGAGGAGGCCGAGUUCUACAACAUCACACCGCUCAUCAAACUCAUAAAGGAGCGCAUUCUGGAGCGGGACAGUAAGACGACCCAGCAGCAAGUGCCUCCCAAACACGUGUACCGCGUGCUGCAGUGCCAGGAGGAGGAGCUGACGCAGAUGGUCUCCACCAUGUCCGAUGGCUGGAAGUUUGAGCAGGUCAGCGUGCGCGCCUGCCGCAAGCCCCGCCCCGGACUGCUCUGGACUAUGGUGAACAUCGGCUCAUCUUACAGCUACGGGACAGAGGACCAGGCUGAGUUCCUUUGUGUCGUGUCCAAAGAGCUGCACACACCUGGCGGAGGCCUGGGGACAGAGCAAAGCCACAAGACUAAGCCUUUGGAGGUACAGGAGGAGCAGGACCCUGCAAGAGAGGAGGAGCAGGAGGAGGAGCAGGAAGGGGAGAGAAAUGACCCUCGCAAUGAGUGGAUUAGGGACUAGCAGACCACUGUAGAGCUACUCGCGAUUCCCCACACAAUGGCGGAUGGCUUUUUCAGAUCCACGGAUCCAGGAUGUAGGAGGACAGAGAUUUGAUUAUUUGUUUUUUACUUCUUUUUGUGUGCUGAGGUUUUAUAGCUGUAGUGAUGUCUUUCUGCCGUAGCUGUGCUUUUCUCUUGCACUUUUAUUUCAUACAUUUCAUAUUUCAGUAAAAAAAACAAUAUGAAGACCUG